UAAAAAAAAUCAUACAUUUCCAUAUUCAAUUCCUUAAUUCUCUCUUCCCUAUGAAUACCACACAAGAUAGUAGUUGUGCUAAUAUCUUGGACAGCAGUGUGAACCACCCAUUGGCCAGUUGGUCCAUUUAUUCACAAUUUAAACAGGCACAAAAUGGUUACUGGAAACGGGUUAUGGACGAAGAUAUCAAAUCAAAGGUUGUGGAUAUCAUAGGCAGCAAUGCUAACACCAUGUAUAUAACUACGCGCCGUAGAUUGGGCAUUAAGUGGCAAUAUUUGGUGUUGCUUAUUAAGAAUCUGCAUCAACGUUUUGCCUUUGAAGUAAAGUUCAUCGAUGACCAUCAUUUCUUGCGUUGCUUUCGUUUUUCGAAUUUUGAAAACCAUGCUUCAGUGCAACCCCAUUGUGCCUGCAUGCCCUUGGCCAUGUCACACGGUUGGAUUCGACUUCAUUUGGAUUUGGCCGAUUUUACAAAUCGUAUCUAUGGUACCAACUAUGUCGAGACUCUUGGCUUGCAGAUUUAUGCAAAUGUACGCAUAAGACGAAUUUAUUUUACCCAUCAACCUUGCAAGGAAUCAGAGUUACCCCCAGAAUAUUGUCUCUUAAAGAAGCCAAAGACCAAUGGGGUUGAAAGACCAGAGCAAAAAACUGAUGGUGAUGAAAUAGCCAAUGAGGAAACAGAAAAGGGGGAGUAAAAUUUGAAUAGUGGCUAUGAAAACUUUUUAAUAAGAUUUUUAUUUUAUAAAUAGAUUUUUAUAAUUUA